AUGGCGAGGCAACGGAAACCAAUAAGGUCCAACAGUGGAAAGAAAGGAGGACGACUAGCGGCUUUCAAAUGCUGCAUGAUAUCGCUUGCACUGGUUGCGAUCGUGUGCAUUCCUCUGGGUUACUGGAGAAUCCAUAGACGAGGUCAAUUAGCAGCAGAAGCUCUAUCGUCUAGACGCAGCCUAAACGAGGAACCUGAUUCGAAACUUAUUAAAUCAUCCCAAGAAGCUUCACAUUUUGACAUUGGACGGCCCGAAACUCAUUCGAGCGAUGCGUCUGGAGGCGAGUCGCUCGUGCUGGCAGAACGCCAUAAAUCAGAUGCAACUGACAGACCUACCUUCAAUAGAGUCUCGCACGAAGUAAAUGCUGACAACGAUGACGUCCAAGGGCAUGACUCAUUGGAAGAUGGGAAGACGAUGACUCAAAGUUCUGGGCCAGGUGGUGUUAGUGGUGGUGCUGCUGCUGCUGGCGGUGAUGAUGCUGAUGGUGCUGCUGCUAAUGGUGGUGGUGUUGAGGGUGGUGAGGGUGGUGAUGCUGUUGAUGCUGGUGGAGGAGAUGGAGAGAGCAGUAAUUCACAUUCAGCCAGCAGUGGUGCUAAGGUGGAUGACGAUGACCAGGAAGAAGUUGAGGAUACCCAACGGAAAAGGCGGCUAGAUUCGAGGAUCCAGAUGGUUCCAGAACGUGCGGAAGGUUUGGAUGGCGAUGGAGAGAAGAGCUUAGAGACGAAUGGUGCAGAGAAGGAGGAGAGUGAUGGGGAGGAUGGAGACACGGACGAGGAGAGUGAGGAUGGCGGGAAGAAGAAACGGAGGAGAAAGAAGAAGAAAAAAAAGAGACAUUCCAAAAAAAGGACAGGAAACAGACCAUGUGAGGUUGACUACUUGGAGAGUGGAGACAGUGUCCAAGUACCAGACCUGGAGGGGCCCAACCCCACAACCCCUCACUAUGUCACCAUGGAGCAUCCGCCUGCCGCCGACUCCUCUUCUUCCUCCUCUUCCGCGCUCAGCCUUCUCGGCCGCUCCUCCAACACGUGGGCCCCGCGCUUUGCUGGCCACCAGACGUGGCGACAGCGCGCUGACUCGUUCCGGGCUGGCAGGGCGGACUGGCCGCCAGAGGCGCAGGUGCACUGCGGCUUUGUGCAGUCGCCGCCCGGCUGGCCGGGGACAGGGUUUGAUAUCUCCAAGGCAGAUCAGAUGUACCUGGAGCAGUGCCGCAUCGCUGUGGUUUCGGCUAUCUUUGGCGACUGGGACCACCUCAGGCUGCCUCAGCGGUCUAAGAUCUCUGUGGCAGCCAAGCGCAAGGCGUGUUUUGUGAUAUUCGUGGACGAGCAGACAGUGAGAGGGCUGUACAGGGACAACCUCAUUCCCGAUGCCAAUGGCAAGGUGGGCCUAUGGCGCAUGGUGGUGGUGGCCAACCUUCCGUACUCCGACGCACGGCGCACAGGGAAGAUCCCCAAGCUGCUCACACACCGCCUCUUCCCCAACGCCAAGUAUUCCAUGUGGAUUGACAGCAAGCUGCGGCUCUUUGUGGACCCGCUAGCCAUCCUGGAACGGUUUCUGUGGCGGGGAGGGUUUGAGUAUGCCAUUUCCAACCACUACGACCGACACUGCGUGUGGGAAGAGGUGGAGCGCAAUAAGAAGCUGGGCAAGUACAAUGCGACGGUCAUUGACGAGCAGUUUGAGGCGUACAAGGCCGAUGGACUCACCAUGUUCAACCCCACUGAUCCCAACAACCUGCUCAUCAGCAAUGUGCCGGAGGGGUCAGUGAUCAUAAGAGCACACACAGCUGCUGCCAACCUGUUCUCGUGCCUCUGGUUCAACGAGGUGGACCGCUUCACUUCCCGCGACCAGCUCUCCUUUGCUUACACCUACCUCAAGAUGGCUCGCACAUCGCACCCUCUCCGGUUGAACAUGUUCAAGGACUGUGAGCGGCGGUCGUUUGUUAAGCUUUUCCAUCACAAGGCGGAGGAGGCAGCACUCAAGCUGGAGCGAGGCAGGGCUAGGUAA